AUGGACCGGAGGCAUCCCAGUUCGUUCCAGCAGUUGGAGAAGUUAGGUGAAGGGACAUACGCGACCGUCUACAAGGGCCGGAACCGACAGACGGGCGAGCUGGUGGCUCUCAAGGAAAUCCAUCUCGACUCGGAGGAGGGCACACCCUCCACCGCCAUUCGAGAAAUCAGUUUGAUGAAGGAGCUCAAGCAUGAGAACAUUGUCACGCUGCACGAUGUCAUCCACACGGAGAACAAGCUCAUGCUGGUCUUUGAGUACAUGGACAAGGACCUGAAAAAGUACAUGGAUGCACGGGGAGACAGAGGCCAACUGGACCAUGUCACCAUCAAGAGGUUCAUGCAGGAUUUACUACGAGGCACCGCAUUCUGCCACGAGAAUCGGGUCCUUCACCGCGACCUGAAGCCUCAAAACUUGCUCAUCAACACCAAGGGGCAGUUAAAGCUGGCAGAUUUUGGCCUGGCAAGAGCAUUCGGGAUUCCAGUCAACACGUUCUCGAACGAAGUGGUCACACUGUGGUACCGAGCGCCGGACGUUCUGCUGGGAUCGCGGACCUACAACACUAGUAUUGACAUCUGGUCCGCGGGUUGCAUCAUGGCAGAGAUGUACACUGGCCGACCGCUUUUCCCCGGCACUACGAACGAAGACCAACUACAGAAGAUUUUCAGACUAAUGGGCACGCCCUCGGAGAGGACGUGGCCCGGCAUUUCUCAGCUGCCUGAAUACAAGAGCAACUUCCCUUCAUACGCCACUCAGUCGUUAGCCAUUCUUCUACCACAAAUCGACCAACUAGGGCUAGACCUUUUGGGAAAGUUGUUGCAGCUCAGGCCGGAGAAUAGAAUCAGCGCACAAGAUGCGCUGCGCCACCCGUGGUUCUCUGAUUUACCCAACUAUGCUGGACACGGUCGAUCCCAUGUCAGUUCAACUCUGCAGCAACCUGCGCAAUUAGGACAUCAGGGAGGAGUUGCUGGGGGGUACGGCGCUCAACCAGGGCUGGUAGGACCUGGGGGCUAUUGA